AUGACAAUGCAAGCAGCCUUCGAUCUCGAUCUACUAGAGAUCAUAGCUAAGGCCGGUCAUGGCAUGAUGCUCACUCCAUUAGAGAUUGCGUCUCAAAUACCUUACAAUAACCCUAACACACCCUUCAUGCUUCGACGAAUACUCAACCUUCUCACUAGCUUCAAUAUUUUGACCGUCGCUGCCACAAAUGAUGAGACACGAUACGGAUUGGCCCCGGUGGCGAAAUAUUUUGUGAAGAACGAAGAAGGUUUUUCCUUUGCACCAUUCAUGACCGUUUUACACGACAAGGUCUUUCUUGACAGCUUGUAUCAAUUGAAAAAUGUUGUGGUUGGAAGAUCUAUAGCCUUUGAUAAGGAAAAUGAGACAAACGAAUUCAAUUACCAAGGUGUGGACCCAAGGUUCAAUGAUGUGUUUAAUAGAGGCAUGAUGAACCACACAAAAGUCAUUAUAAAAGAGUUGCUUCUAGCAUACCCUGGAUUCAACAAAGACAUGCAAAGCAUAACAUUGGUGGAUGUGGGCGGUGGCUUAGGCGCGACCCUCAACACAAUUAUUUCAAUGUAUCCCAUGAUCAAGGGCAUUAACUUCGAUUUGCCUCAUCUUAGAGCACAUGUAUGGAACACGUACAUGGAAAGCGUCCCAGAGGGCGAUGUCAUUUUUCUAAAGAGUAUACUUAUAGAUUGGAGUGACGAAAAAUGUUUGAAGUUGCUCGGGAAUUGUUACAAAGCACUUCAUUCUGAUGGGAAAGUGAUAAUAGUUGAUGUAAUAGCUCUAGAAGUGCCCGAUAACAAAACAAACUCGAAGAGCAUUUAUGAACUGGACAUGAUCGCAUUAGCUAUAAAUCAUGGAGGGAAUUUACGGACUUUUAAGGAGCUUCAAGUCCUAGCCACCAAAGCUGGGAUUACUAGGAUUGUAAAGGCAUUGCAUUCCAAUUUGAUCCCAGCAAAGCCAGCUUGGGUGGCUAGGAUGUGA